GUGACUGGUGACGGCCGUCGGAACUGGAAGAGGAAACCUCCACCUUGUCGCCGGGAUCGGCCGCUUCCGAUGCGGUCCGGAUGGAGGCGCCUCCGGGGGAGCCUGGACAGCAGCGGCUGCUGCGGGAGCCACCGCCGGCGGAGAGAGAAGCGGCGGAGGGAGAGCCCAUCCUCUUGGCCGAGCUGAAGCCAGGGCAGCCUCAGCAAUACGACUGGAAAUCCAGCUGCGAGACCUGGAGCGUGGCCUUUUCCCCGGACGGCACAUGGUUUGCCUGGUCUCAGGGCCACUGUAUUGUCAAGCUGCUCCCAUGGCCUUUGGAGGGAACCCAGCAGAACUGCAAAGCUUCGGAGUGCACGAAAGCCGAGGCCAGGGGCCGUGGCAGGGCCAAGGAGAAGACGCUGGAGUGUGGGCAGAUCGUCUGGGGCUUGGCCUUCAGCUCCUGGCUGCCUUCCCGUUCGAGGAAACACAUCCUGUGGGCGCCGAGUCCUGCGUGUUUGGUCCUCGCCACUGGCCUGAAUGACGGGCAGAUCAAAGUCUGGGAGGUGCAGACAGGGCGCUUGCUGUUCAACCUCUCGGGACAUCAGGACGUGGUGAGAGACUUGAGCUUUGCGCCCGGUGACAGCCGUUCAAUCCUCAUCUCUGCCUCGCGUGACAAAACCCUGCGCGUCUGGGACCUGGGUCAAAACGGGAAACAAUUGAAGGUGCUGUCUGGACACAUGCGGUGGGUCUACUGCUGCUGCACCUCCCCUGAUGGUCGGAUGCUGUGCUCUGCAGCUGGAGAGAAAUCGGCCCUGCUAUGGAGUAUGGAUUCCUACAGCCUCCUCAGGAAACUGGAGGGGCACCAGGGCUGCGUCGUGUCCUGCGCCUUCUCCCCAGACUCUGCGCUUCUUGCGACUGCCUCAUACGACACCUAUGUGAUCCUCUGGGAUCCUUGCACAGGGGAGCAGCUGAAAUCCCUCUGCCAUGUUCCGCUGCAGCCAGCCCUGGACCAUGGCGCCGACUUCCAUGCCAGCUCCCUGCGAUCGGCCUGCUUCUCACCUGAAGGCCUCUACCUGGCGACGGUGGCAGAUGACAGGCUCCUGAGGAUCUGGGCCUUGGAGCUGGGGAGCCCAGUUGCCUUUGCCCCAGUGAAGAAUGGGCUCUGCUGUACCUAUUUCCCCCACGGGGGGAUCAUUGCUACAGGUUUCUGCAGCCUCCUUUCACCUCCCCAAUCCCUUCCUCUCCUUGUAGAACAAGAGAUGGCCACGCUCAGUUUUGGACAGUUCCCCAGGCUCUCUCCUCCCUCAAGCACUUAUGCCGCAAGGUCCUCCGCAGCUGCUUCACGACGUACCAGGUGCUGAAGCUACCCAUCCCAAAGAAGAUGAAGGACUUCCUCACCUACAGGACUUUGUAAGGCUUUGACGUGGCUUGACGGAGCAGUGCCUGCGGUCCGCUGGACGGAGGGGGCGGCUGGCGUCGCCGAUCGCUCGUGCGAUAAGCUUUGGUGUUUUGCGGCGCAGGGAGGCCCAAACGGUCUGGUUCCCCCCUGCUCCUUUUGUGUGGGUUUACUUGGUUAAAGUGACUUUUUAUAUCUGGACAAGCACAGAUGGGCUAUAGGAAAAAUCUCUUUGUGUGUCAGCCCUACAGAGAUUUGACUGCUGCAGUCCUGUAGGAUGUACAUGUCCCUGGGACUUUCGUAUUUAAAUGCAGCUGCUCCCUUUUGGGCACCGGGAGCUGAAACCUUACACAGGACCCACCAGGGAAGAACUGUUGCCUGCAGGUGUUAGUCUGCAAAUCAUGGAAUUGUAAGGGACCACGGGGGGUCAUCUAGUUCAACCCCCUGCAAUGCAGGAAUCUUUUGCCCAACAUGGUGCUUGAACCCAUGACCCUUAAGACUAAGAGUCUCAUGCGCUACCGACUAAGCUUUCUCAGGCCUGGAUCUGGCUGCUGUUCUUUGGAUCUGGACCACAGCCUUCAACAUUAAUGAUGAAGCCAGGAGGCAGGGGGUCUUGCUAUACCCUGGAGGGAGAAGAUUAACCUUUUUGUCCUGUUAUGGACAAAAA